CAAUUUCGGUUGUUGCUUUAGUUUUGGUUUACUUCACAAUCAGCUGCUUCAUUUUCAGACGGUUCUGAAUUUUUCAACGGUUCUUUUUUCUUUUUCCCCUCAAAUUUACCGCGAAGAACACAGCAUAUAGUGAAUACAUAUCCUAAACCAAUACGAUUUUCUGUAUUAGUAGAGUUCUAAAAUUACAGAGUUCUAAAAUUACAGAGUUCGUAAUUGUAUUCCAUACAGAAGUCGUAGAGGUUCUCGUCCUUUCUGAAAUAGAAAAGAAAGGAUCUACUGUCUGUUAUUUUCUCUAUAAAAUACCACCUCUUGCUCUCAACUUUCUCACACACCUUUCUAAAGCUCUCCCUCGGAAUUCCAAACCCCUUUCAACUUGAGAUUAUUCCAUCUUUACUCAUGCAGAUCUUUGUGAAAACCCUAACCGGCAAGACCAUCACCCUUGAGGUGGAGAGCUCUGACACCAUCGACAACGUCAAAGCCAAGAUCCAGGACAAGGAGGGCAUCCCUCCAGAUCAACAGAGGCUCAUCUUCGCCGGCAAACAACUUGAGGACGGCCGGACCCUCGCUGACUACAAUAUCCAGAAGGAGGCGACUCUCCAUCUCGUGCUCAGGCUUCGCGGUGGCAUGCAGAUUUUUGUGAAGACUUUGACUGGCAAGACCAUCACUCUGGAGGUGGAGAGCUCCGAUACCAUUGACAAUGUCAAAGCUAAGAUUCAGGAUAAGGAGGGUAUCCCGCCGGAUCAGCAAAGGCUGAUCUUUGCAGGAAAGCAAUUGGAGGAUGGUCGUACAUUGGCCGAUUAUAAUAUCCAGAAAGAGUCUACCCUGCACCUUGUUCUUCGUCUCCGCGGUGGUGCUGAUUUCUGAGGAGUUUGGUUGUUCUAUAGUACUUAUGCCAUUCAGGAAGUUCUGUUAGGCCGUUUAAUAUUCUUUCUCUGAUUACCAAGACUCUGCUUAGUUUCCAUUUACUUAUUGUUUUAUUUUAAUUUCCAGGUUUGUUUUGAAUGAUGCAAAAUAUAUUAUCUCUA